CCUGAUGUUGGACGAGACGACGUGGAUCCUCACUUCAGACACCUCUUUGCUCAGAUCUCUGGAAACGACUCGCAGAUCUCAGCCUUCGAGCUGCAGCAGAUUCUGGACAAAGUGGUGACGCAGAGUAAGAACAUCGUCACAAACACAGGAACAUUCAGUUGUGGACUCCAGAACCUCACGUGUUCCGUCUGCUGUGUUUCAGGGUCUGACGUUAGAACCGAUGGUUUCAGCCUCCAGACCUGCCGCAACAUCAUCAGUCUGCUGGACACUGACGGCAGCUCCACACUGGGCCUCCGGGAGUUCCACACUCUGUGGAUGAAGAUCCAGAGAUACCUGGAUGUCUUUAAGAACCACGACUCCAACGGUUCUGGUUCUAUGAGCAGUCAUGAGAUGAGAGCAGCUCUGGCUGAAGCUGGUUUCCAGGUGAACAGCACCGUGAUCCAGGAGAUCGUGGGUCGAUACGCCGACCGCAGCUUCGCCAUCGACUUCGACGGCUUCGUCGGCUGUUUGAUCCGUCUGGAGAUGCUCUUCAAGAUAUUCAGGACUCUGGAUAAGCAGAACCAGGGUCAGAUCCAGCUGGACCUGCAGCAGUGGCUGUGCCUCGCCAUCAACUGACGCUGCCCUGGAGCAUGCUGGGAGAUUCACCUGCACCACCCGAGUUUAAUCUGGAGUUAAUCUGAUGUUAAUCUGGAGUUAAUCUGGAGUUAAUCUGAUGUUAAUUUUAUGUUUAUCUGACGUUAGUCUGACUUUAGUUUGACCUUAAUCUAAAGUUAAUCUGGAGUUAAUCUAAAGUUAAUCUGGAGUUAAUCUGAUUAGUCUGACUUUAAUCUGAAGCUGUCCUGAUCUGAUUAUUAUUUAAUGAAAAGUUUGUGUGAAAUAACAAUAAAGAUGAAACAGGGCUGACUUUCAGACUGUCUGAGGUUCAGCUGCACAUCUGAAA